CCAUUGAAGAGAGUAAAUCAAUAAAACUUAUUUUUAUUGCCUUUUGACUCUAUGGUGCCGUUUUAAUUACGUUUCGACGUUCGGUUUAUCCUAGUUAGUUAGUCUAUUUACCAUGCCUGGUUAAGUACGACAUUGAUAUGCCUAUUGGGUAAUUUCCUUUGGUUCACAUUGAACAAGCGCUAUGCAGACGGUGGCAGGGCCGCAUAGGCAUGAACCCUUACGGCGAGUAUCUCAAAAAGAAAACUUGGAAGUAGGUGAAAGACUUGCACAUAGUAGCACAAAAGGGGAGACCGAGAAUGACGCUUAUACAGUUGAUUUGUCAAGCUGUUUCAAUCAGUUUCUGCUACCAAUGAGCUACGUAUGGCUGCCAUUAAAAGAAGAUGGUUUUGUUUCACUUAAACAACAGCGUUCAGAUUUAUCCACUGAGCCACAGAACCAAAGCCCAGGCAACAAACCAUGGCACCACAAAGCAAUUAGGAGAAAUAUGUCAAAGGGUAGAGACUUAACUUUACAUGUGGGUGGGCUCCCCGUAGAUCUACCAAACUCGGCCUAUACUGACUAUGCAGCACAGUGCACCAAAAUUGAUCGCGUCACAGUGGGUCCCAUAUUUCCUACUAUAGGUGCAUUCUUUGUUACUUUUGGAAAUGGUUCACAUGCAUCCAGUGCUUUAAAACUUUUCUCCACCACACGUAUGAUGGGAAAGCAAGCAACUUUAACAAUGCUUCCCUACAUCACUAGUCCCAGUGGAAUAAGCGACCCUCUUACCCCCCUACUUGUAUUUAUCAACUGCAAAAGUGGUGGCGGACAAGGAAAAGAAGUUUAUAACGAACUCUCCCAGUUUCUCAAUAAAAACCAGAUAUUUCUUAUAGAUCAGGCUGGUGCUGCUCCUGGAUUUUAUGCCUUUCGACGACUACCCAAGUUCAAAGUGCUAAUCUGUGGAGGUGAUGGUACAGUAGGAUGGGUGUUGUCCCAUCUUGAGCUGCUACAACGUCAACUACAAUGUAAGGCUCCCCACAUAGCCGUUCUACCAGUGGGGACAGGCAACGAUCUUGCGCGAGUGCUGGGUUGUGGUUCGAGCUGGAACGGAGAAUGUGCAGAAAUGCUGCUAGCUCAGAUUUCUGACUCCAGUCCUGUAAAGCUUGACAGAUGGAACUUAUUAUUCGACUCAAUUGUUGAAAACAAUGAUAACAACAUUCACCCUGAGAAAGCUCCCUUGUUGGUUUCUGACGCUGUAAAUAAAGUAAAAAAUGUAAACAUCGGCACCGAACUUGCUCAUUCAAUGACUUCCCCUAUUAAUAUCAUUAUGAGCCUGGGUGCUGAACCACAGCCUGCAUCAAAGGGGACAAUUGAAAGUUCAAAAAAUGAUGAAAAAAAGACUUUGACGGGUUUUAAAUCUUACCUACCCCGAGAUGAAGCUGUUUGUGAAGAAAAUAAUGCAGAAGUUCAAACUUUAAAAAAUGAUGAAAAUAAGACUUCGACAGGUUUUAAAUCAUACCUACCCCCAGAUGAAGCUAUUUGUGAAGAAAAUAACGCAGAAGUUCAAACUUCAACCCACUGUGAUAAUGAAGUGUUGCAUGAACAGUUAGAAGAUAAAUUGAAGCUGGACUCAUGCAGUAACUCAGUUAAACGGGAUCCAAAUUCUGAUUUGGCUGAAAAAAAUGACCAGGAACAAAAUACUGAACAAGAAAACAGGAGCUUGUUGCACAAAACUAAGCAGCAAAAAGUUGAAAUUGAAAGUACGAAAGAGGAGUUUGGUCCGUUUGUUAAAUUUGACGAAAGUUUCAAAAUUUCAAGUCGGGAGGAGGCUUCUCAGAUGGUUGUGGAAUCCAAGGAAGAUUUGAUCUUAGAUGAGGAAGAGAUAGAUGAACUACCACAAUUUAAUGUUGGAAGAAAUUACAGUGUAGUGUCUGAAACCUAUCUUGCUGAAAAGCCACCAACUCAACUUAAAAAGAUGUCUUUACCUGUUAUAUCUUCAUUUAAAAAGGAGCCACCAGAACCAGUGACAUGUCCUACCGCACCCGAAGGGUUAAAGAUGGUGGCAAUGAACAAUUACUUCGGGAUUGGGAUUGACGCAGAACUAAGUCUUGCUUUCCACCUUGCAAGAGAAGAAAACCCAGAAAGAUGUACAAGCAGGCUUCGCAACAAAGCUUUAUAUUUUAAAGCUGGUUUAAAAAAAAUGACAAGUCGCUCCGUUAAUUUAAGCAAUGUCAUCGAAUUGCAAGUUGAUGAUCACGUGAUAGACCUUCCACCAAUCAAAGGUCUCAUAUUUCUUAAUAUCACGAGUUGGGGUGCGGGUUCCAAUGCAUGGGGUAGCGCUGUUAGUAAGAGGUUCAACCAACCUUCUAUUGGAGAUGGAAUGUUAGAAGUGCUUGGUGUUGGUGGGGUUGCUCAUAUGAGCCAGAUAUACAGUGGGCUCAGAACAGGUAUGAGGUUGGCACAAGGUGAAUAUAUAAGGAUCACACUUAAGAGGGAAGUUGCAAUGCAAGUAGAUGGGGAACCGUGGAUGCAACCACCUGGAAGGAUCAUUAUCACGGUGUCUUCUAUGCAGGCUACAAUGUUAAAACGAAGCAAACGAAAAUCGAAAUAAUUCUACAUUAGUUGCAACACCCCUUGCUUCCAAUUUGCACUGUCAUUAAUCACUGUUCUGAUUGUUGCAUUAUUUUCUUGAUGUUGAGUGUAUAUCACAGUGUUAUGCAUCAUUUUUAUCAGCUGCGUUAUGAACUUGUGCUACAAAUCAACACCAAGUUAAUUUAAUAAAAUUUAAGUAGAACUGCUAUCUUUAUAUUAACGCUGAUAAUAUUUAAUACAAAUCUUAUUUCAAUUUAAGUUGUCGUAACUAUUUUUUUGCAACAAAACAAUGAAAACAUUA